AUGUCAGGCAGUCGGGUCACCGCGACAUGCAGUGAAUGUCUUGGCCAGACUCUGCGGGACGACGAGGCUUGGACCGGUCUUGGGUUGCGCGCCGACCAAAACACCCAGGAGGGCGACCAAUCCGCAGGUAUCGCUGACAACCAAGACGGCGGAGAGGCGCCUGAUAUCAAUCCCACCGUGGCUGAGCCUACGAGGAAGCGCAAACGCCGAAACCCGACAGGUUACCCGCCUACCAAACGUCGCAAGCAGCCCAAGGAACCCAAACCUCCUCCACCGCUAUCGGCAACCUGCCGCAUCUGUGUGGAAGAAAAGGAAGUUAGCGAGUUUGUCAAGAAUGCGCGGAGCCGCAGGUUAUCGACGGCCCUCCCCUUUGAGUGCAUGGCCCAUCUAAGCCACAGGCUGAACGGCCUCCCCAACAAGGCCGGUGGUGCUGUUUGCAAGAGCUGCAUCGGCAACUCACUGGCUGCUGGUCUUGAGAGCACUGGCGCUGAGAACCUAGGCUGUCUGGAACCCGAUUGCGAUGCCGGCCCCUGGAGCUACGACUACAUCAACCAGUACAUGCCGGUGGAGGCCCUGGAAAACUACCACGAGCAGAUGUUCACGAUGUUCAUGGCCACCGCGUCUACCUUCAAGUGCCUGAACGCCACAUGUGGUGCUGUUGGACUCUUGGAGCAGACGGCCCCUGGCUUCCCGAAUGUUGUCUGCUCUGCGUGCAGCCAUCGUCAUUGCGCGCUAUGCGGGGUGGACUGGCAUGAGGGUAUCUCGUGCCAGGCAUACCGUGCCAAGAACCACAAGGAACUGAUCACCGCUGAAGAAAAGGCUGCUCUAAGGAUGCUCAGUAAGAUGGGAGCGAAGCGUUGCCCGCGCUGUCAGCUGGCUAUUCACAAAGAUGGAGGAUGUAACUCAAUGUAUUGCAUCAACUGCAAGCGAUACUUUGACUGGAACACGGCCGAGCCUGUCCUCGGGGUGAGCAAGAAGGCGGCGCCGCUCAAACAGCAGCUCGAUUACUGGCAGGAGGUCUGCGAAGCUGAUGCCCUGGCUGCUCCUCCGGUUCCUCCUCCUGUCCAUCCUCCAGUUCCCGCUGGUAACCUAUUCGAUGCGGGGAACCCCUUCGCUGCUGAAUUAGACGUCUUUAGGAAUGAGGCUAUGCCACUCCCCGAUGAAGAUGACGCAGACCCACUUUAG